AUGGAAUCAGCAUCUCGGUCACGGCAUAUUCUUCGCAAGACGUUUGCCUGCGAUGAAUGUAAGCGGCGCAAGAUCCGCUGCUCCGGCGAUGAAAACUGCAUGAAUUGCAUGCGGGACGCAAAGUCAUGCCGAUACUCAUCACCGUCACAUCAGCUGUCAAAACUGCAGAGGCGGGUUCAGGAGAGUGAACGUUUGGUGCAUGACAUGGAGAAGGCUUGGGCAGCCUAUCUACCAUCCGUUGACCUCCAAGAGGCACUUCGAACAGUUCGUCUGCAUGACGACUCGACCCCGGUGGUGCCGAAGAAGAUCAAGCACCACCAUGAUUUGACGCAUUCCACUGAGCAGCCACCGACCAGCGUGGCCGAGCACAGCAAUGCAGAAGACUACGAGUUCGACGAAUCACAAGAUUUCGAUAACUCAACAGAUGGCAUGGGCUUCUUGACAAUAGAUCCCCAUAAAGCUGGUUAUACGGGACCACAGUCGGGAGUGGCGGCGUUGAAAUUCUUGCAGUCGCUUCCUCUCUAUAUCCCUCUAAGCAGCUUUAUCCCAGCUUCGUCUCUGGACGACGAUGAUAUCUCCGAUUUUGCUCUGCCCAGAAAUCAAUCAGAAGUCACCCGCUAUCUUGAUGAUUAUUUUACGUUCUAUCACCCUGCAUAUCCAAUCUUACAUGAAGGAACGUUUCGUGCACGGGUAUCGGGUGCGUUGGCUAAGCCUCACGAUGGCUCAUGGCCGUUAUUGUACAACAUUGUCCUUGCGAUAGGCGCGUUUGCUGGUGACUCGAAUGGGACAAAGAUGGACAUUGUGUUUUUCAAAGAAGCGCGAAAAUACCUGUCCAUGGAUGUUUUGGAGAAAGGCUCCCUUAGCUACGUCCAGGGGAUUGUUCUAAUGGCCAAUUAUUUGCAGAAGCGGAACAAGCCUAAUGCUGCCUUUAUCUUAGUCGGUAUUGGCUUCAGUAUGGCUCUUGCGAUUGGCCUGCAUCGGGAGUUCGGGAUGCCCAGCACUUCACCAUUCACCAUGGAAGUUCGACGACGGGUAUGGUGGACGCUCUUCAUUUUCGUCUCGGGUGUUCAGUUGAUUCUAGGCCGUCCAGCCGUCUCGCUCGUCGGUGUCAAUGUUCGUCUUCCAGCCAAUGUAGACGAUCACGAUCUCGCCGUGGAUAUGGAAGAGUUCCCGGAGAGUCAGACAGGGCCAACAGUUACCUCUUGUCUCAUCGCGCAAGUUAAGCUAGCCAAGAUUGCCAACGCAAUUCAAGUCGAGCUCUUAACCCACCAUCUCCCCACUUCGGGCAAAGCUCAGGAUCUGGAGAACCGCAUUUCCUCAUGGCACAAUGAGCUUCCUCCUCACUUCAACACGGACAUCUACCUCGAGCCGCGAUUCGAUAUCCCAAGACGGGUGGUACUCUGGAGGUCAUACCACCUACGGAUUGUCAUAAACCGGCCGUUCCUAUUUCAGAACAUCACGUCUAAAUCUGAACUCGACACAUCCAUUGGCCCGAUUGCUUCCUGUCUGGACGCUGCGGACAUGUGCGUUACGUCAAUAUGCGGGUUCCUCGAGUCGACGGACAACCGACAACGAGGGCUCACCUGGUACGCGACGUGCUGGCUUCUAACAGCAAGCUUCGUCCAGGCAACCUGCUACGUAUAUGGGCCGACGCAUCCUCUGGCGGCUUCCUGGAGGUGUCAUAUACAACGAGCGGUGGACUGUUUAGGGAGUCUAGGUUCAUCCCAUGACAUGGCUCUCCGCGCGAGGGUUGUCCUCCAAAAGGUUCUGGAGCAUGGUCAUGAAAGAACAACCCCCGGCAGUUUCGAUCCAUUCUCGUUGACGCAAAUGACCGGGCCCCUUCGCCCGCCCUGGUCACCAUCUGCUUGGGGUGAGAAUCCAACUAUGUAUAACCCGUUUGGCCAGAAUCUGGGGGGGAAUUUCCGAUACGCGCAGGGGUCACUGGGAGCGGAGUUCUUGGAUGCUGCUGGUGGAUUGAUGAUUCAGAAUCUAUUUGGCAGCUCAGAGGGGCCGCAGAACACUUCUUGGACGCCGGGCUAA